GCAAACACAGGACGGGAGGGGUGACGAACCAGGUUCCGGGUAAGGGCAGUCAGCCACGUGCUCACUGUAAAAGCUGUCAGGUUGCCACGUGCACACUGUAAAAGCUGUCAGGUGGAGGGCCGUCGGCUCUGGAGUUCCUACAGUCCUCAACACAUCAGCACGAGGAUUCUGUUUUCCUUUGACGGUCAGGGUCAGCAUAGCCCUGAUCAGUCAGACCUGUGGCCUUGAGAAUGGCUUCCCUUCGCAUCCCCGUUCCGGGCCCCGCUGGCCCGUGCGGCGCCGGCGGGCGGCACCCGCCGAGCCUGGGCCUCUUCCUUCUUCCCGCCAACGCCGGUUCCCGCCCCGUCCCUCCACGCACCGCGCAUGUGCGGCGGCCCUUCCUGCGCGCCAUGGCCGACGCGGAAGCCAACCUGUUGCGCCACUUCCCGCUGCUUCUUCCUCAGAACCGGGAGAAGACCGUGUAUGAGGGGUUCAUCUCGGCUCAGGGAAGUGACUUCCACCUCAGAAUCGUGCUGCCUAACGAUCGGCAACUGAAGAAGGCAAGAUUACUGUGUAGCCGGCAACUGAAAAAUAUACUUAAUGAUUACCAUCAAAUAGUCCAACAGAGAAUGAAGCACUCUCCUGAUCUAAUGAGCUUUAUGAUGGAGUUGAAGAUGAUUUUGGAAGGUGCUUUAAAGAAUAGACAAGAGUUGUGUGUACAACCACCUUCUCACAGUUUCUGCACAGACCUUCUUAAUGAGAUAGGAGCUGUUGGUUGGGAUAAACUUGUGUGUGUGGAUACUUCCUUCAGUACCAUCAAGUUGAAAGCAGACGAUGCUUCUGGUAGAAAGCACCUAAUCACUGUCAAGCUGAAGGCAAAGCACCCUGUAGAGCCACCAGACUGUGUUGUGGACUUUCCUGUUCCGUUUUCUGUUUCCUGGACCCCACAGAGCUCCUUGGUAAAUAUUUACAGUCAGUUCUUGGCGGCCUUGGAGAUGCUGAAGGCAUUUUGGGAUGUUAUGGAUGAAAUUGAUGAGAAGACCUGGGUGCUGGAACCAGAAAAACCUCCCCGGAGUGCGACAGCACGCAGGAUUGCAUUGGGGAAUAACGUUUCCAUAAACAUAGAGGUAGACCCCAGGCAUCCGACCAUGCUUCCCGAGUUUUGCUUUCUUGGAGCUGACCAUGUGAUAAAACCCCUAGGAAUCAAGCUGAGUGGAAACAUACAUUUAUGGGAUCCAGAAAGUAGUCUGUUACAAAAUUUGAAAGAUGUUUUAGAAAUUGAUUUUCCAGCUCGUACUGUCUUGGAAGAAUCUGACUUUAGCAUGGACUGUGGAAUCUGUUACUCCCGUCACCUCAAUGGUGCCAUUCCUGAUCAAGUGUGUGAUAAUCCCCAGUGUGGACAGCCUUUCCAUCAAAUAUGCUUAUACGAGUGGCUGAGAGGGCUGAGCACCAGCAGACAGAGCUUUAACGUCUUAUUUGGUGAAUGUCCCUACUGCAGUAAGCCGAUUACCUUGAAAAUGUCUGGGAGAAAGCUGUAAAGAAAGACUGAAACACACCGUGAAGAGAUGGAAUCCUGAAAAAUUGUUAAAAAACAAAAAACAAUUUAUUUGGUGACUUCAGAGAAAAUACAAAGCAAGACAUACUAAUGUCAGCAGGCAGAAUAUAGUGAGUCCAUAGUAAUA